AUGCAGGGGCACAGGAAGGAGAUGGAGACUCUGUCCGCGUUCCUGCACAGGAUGGACGUGUGCCCAGACGUCAGGAUGCAGGUGAGCAAGCAGGUGAAAGUGAAGCUGAUGCAGAGGCGCCCGGAGGCGGUCAAGGACAUGGCGGUGCUCGAUAAGCUCUCGCUGUCCCUGCGCCACUCGCUGCAGCUGGAGCUCUGCAACCCGCACUUCCUCGAGCACCCGCUGCUCAACUUUCUCUCCAACGAGGACACCGCGAUGUGGGAGGAGGUGUGCAUGGCUUGCGCGCACUUCUCGGUGCUGGUGAAGGGGGACAACCUUUUCGUCUUCGGGGCCGAGGCGGAGGGAAUGUAUUUCGUCGUGCGCGGCCCCCUGUCCUACGAGCUGGACGCGAGCUUCCCCACGCAGCUGUCGGAGCACGUGAUGCCAGGAGCAUGGCUCUCCGAGGCGGCGCUGUGGUGCCACUGGCGCCACAUGGGCUGCGCCGAGUCCCCCGGCCUCAAGGGCGCGGCCUGCUGCGAGGUGCUGCUGCUGAGGACCGCCGCGCUGAUACCGAUCCUGACCAGGAGGGGCCUGAUCGGGCAGCUGGCGUGGGCGUACGCCCUCAGCUUCCACCACUUCCUGCAGGAGUGUGGGCGCCUGCUCGACGACUGGCCGAACGACCUCGUCCUCCCCUUCGGCGCGGACGAGGUCAUCGCGGCCAUGCCGCGGGACGCGAAGGCCGUCGUGGGGCAGGGCGCGAUCGAGGUGCUCAGGUCGCCGCAGGACUCGCUCCUCGCCAGCUGGCUCAGCGAGGACAACAUCCAGAAGCUGGCCUCGGAGGCGCAGGCGGGGGGGAGCGCGCUGUUCGUGACGGCGUCCAGGGGGAGGGUGAGGGUGGUGCGCUGCGUGCCGCUGGUGAUGCUGCGAAUAAAGCGCCAGGACAAGCGGGUCUUCGUCCGCAUGAGGCUCGUCACUAGGGCGGACGGUGGCCAGGAGGCGACCUGCAAGUUGCCUGGAGGCAGGCCGGAGGCGGGGGAGCACCCCGACGGCUAUUUGCAGCGGUUGCUGGAGAGAAAGCUCAAGGCGCUGGCCGACGGCAUCGAGGUGGUCAGGGUGGAGAGGCAGAGCGAGCAAGACAACUCUCGGAAGUUUGGCGUGCCGACGCGGUAUGUCCACACGGUCGUGUCCGCAGUGUGGCAUGAGCCAGAAGGGGACGGGGACGCCAGCGGCAGUCGUCCGCCGAGCUGCAGGAGUCUCGACCAGUUCCAGGCGCCACGGGUGGACCUCGCGGACCUGGUGCUGGUCCGGAGGGUGAGCACCAGGUCGAGAGAUGUCGACAUCCGAGCGAAGACACAGAGAGCGAGGCAGAAACCCGUGGAGAUGCUGAGCUUUCCAGACCCUGAGGAGGUCUACAUGUUCCCAGGAGACGCGAGUUUCUACGCUUGGCUCACGGAGGACCAGUUCGCAUACUUGAAGGACCGCCAGGGCCAGUCCACCUUGUUCCUGUGGCUCUUGGAGCUGUACAGGAGGGUCGGAGUGGAGUCGGGUCGGCCUGGCACGCCAGCACCCGACGAGUCUUCGGCCGAGUGGGCAGGGCCAGAAGAUGGGGGUGCACGGGUCAGCGAGGCCAGCAGCGAGGGGCCCAACGCGGGCGCGCUCUGGGGAUCCGAGCACGGGCGCGCCCCCAUCACCGACGUGCUCUGA